AUUUUAUUAGUAUUUGUUAAUAACGUUCCGACAAUAUAUACGGUGAUGGAAGAUUGGGGCGACAUGGUACUUGUAAUCGACACUUUACGUAUUGCUUUGCCUUUAUUGACGGUACCAGUGAAAUAUAUCAUCAUGCGAUGGAAACGAACAGUUCUCUUAUCGAUUGUGAAUAUGAUGGAGGAAGAUUGGGUAGCAUUGAAAUCGGUUGCAGAAAGAGCUGUGAUGAUAAGACGAGCACGAACUGCUCGAUUAAUUAUGAUCAUUGGAUAUUUUUGUUUUGCAUCCGCAUUUCUCAUAUCAACUGUUCCUACUUAUUUUGGCGUUCGAGUAUUUCAUGUGACAAAUUUCACGAAACAGACCAAAUUACCCUUUGAGACGUAUCACUUUUACAAUAUACAUAAGAGCCCGCAGCUUGAGUUGACCUUAUUUUUGCAAAACAUAAUGAGUUUCUUAGCAGCUGCUGCUUACCUAACUAUAGAUUUUUUUUUAUUAUUAGUUAUUUUCCAUUUUUGUGGCCAGCUAGAGAAUUUUGGAUAUCGACUGAUAAGUUUAGUCUCAUGCAAAAAUUUCGGCAAAAUUUUACAUGACAUCGUAGUAUACCAUUUACGUCUUAUCAA